AUGGGCCGGAGAACUUCUAUUCAGGCGACUUGGUGUGGGAUAAAAUCUGGAAAAGUUGAGCAGUUUUGGCCAGCCAUUGUUAUUGAUCCAAUGACACAAGCACCAGAGCUUGUCUUGCAUUCUUGUAUACCUGAUUCAGCCUGCGUUGUCUUCUUUGGCCACUCUGAGAACGAGAAUGAAAGGAACGUCUUCGACUUUAUUGGGAAAGAGAGAGACUUUCUGUUGAAAGACACGGCGGAAAAGGAGAUCGCCACUGCCGUUACGGCCGCCAAGAAGAGGUUGAGGGAAGCGGAGAAGAAGAAGGAGGAAGAGGAAGAGAGCUUGAAACCCCUUGAGAAGAAGCUGAAGGAGGAGAGUGUGCCCAUGGAGGUGGAGAAGCCUAAGGAGGAAGAGGAACAAAAAGCGGGUCCCAUUGUUCCUAACAAAGGGAAUGGGCUGGACUUUGAUAACUACUCAUGGACACAGAAUCUUCAGGAGGUCACAAUCACCGAUUCACCAUUCCAGCACUUAGCGGCACUAAAUCACGGUCCGUUACCUGUGAGAUCAAGAAGAACCGUCUGA